CCACCGAAAUCCCCUUCCGAUCUAGGGCAAUUGCAGUGCUCACGGGAAGCACCACUGCCACCUCUCCAUCUCGAUCUCUCUGCUAUCACCGACCCCUACUUCACCAUGGCCGGCGCUGGAUCGAGCUCAUCUGCACCCAAAGAAGGAGGCUUUCACUUGAUGAGUUGCCUAAAAGAAGUUCCGACACUCAGAGGUGACAACCACACUGGGUGGAGGAAGAAAGUUGAACUGGCAUUUGUUUGUGCUGAUCUGGACUGGGUUCUGGAUGAACCACAGUCGGUCAGACCUACAGAGCCAGUAAGAGAGACCACUGAUGAUAAUGCUGCAUGGGCUAAAAAGAGGGGGGAUUAUGCUCCUUUGGAGAUGUCCUACAUCGUAGACAACCAAAAGUGGGUCAAUGCAAAUAAAAAAUGCAUGGCGUUUAUAAAGAAUACAAUUGAGAGCACCAUUGUGGGCUCCAUUGCAGAGUGCACUUCCGCAGGGGAGUUGCUGACAAAGAUAAAGAGCCAGUUCACUAGCUCUUCAAAAAUAUAUGCCACCCAGAUGUUAAAACAACUUGUGACAGAACAAUACACAGGUGGUGGAAUAAGAGAGCACAUCCUCAGGAUGAGCAAUAUGGCAGCAAAGCUAAAGCCCAUGGAUGAGGAUCUGGGGAUCAAAUCAAAGCUUCUGGUCCACCUGGUCAUGGCUUCACUGCCAAAGGAGUUUGAAACUUUUAUGAACAUGGGACAUUGAAAAGACAAUUGCAAUGUGUAUCCAAGAAGAGGACAGAUUAAAAGCCUCACAUGGUGGUACACUCAACUAUGUGAAGGAUCACAAGAAAAAGAACUACAAUCAAAACAACAAAAGUUCUCCUUCAAAGCCACAAGGAAAAGCUCCCUAUCAGCAUCAGCGUCAGCAACAGUCUUUCCCAGUGGAAAAAGACACUUGUCUCCACUGUAAGCAGACCGGGCAUUACAAGAAAGACUGCCCUGUUUGGCUGAAGUCCUUAAUGGCAAAGCAAGGGAUUCCAUUCGACCCGGACUAUGCUAAGAAGAGAAGGAGGCAUUGAAGUAGCCAAUGGAAUAAAAGCGAAAGUUGAAGCUGUCGGCGACAUCUCCUUGGAGUUAGCUGAUGAAUUCAAUCUUCUACUUAGAGAUGUUCUUUAUGUUCCUUCAUGUAAUAGAAACUUAAUUAGCGUUUCAUGUUUGGACAAAGAAAAUUAUGAGUGUUAUUUUGGACAUGGCAAGUG